AUGGCCGAUCACUUGCCUGACUCGAGCGAGAAGCGAUCAUCGGCAGAGGUUGAGAGGCCUCAAACAUCAGGCUCGACCUCCACAGGCUCGAGCAGUUCUUUUGAAUAUGACCCCCAGGUGCACAGGCUACAAUCGCGCAAUACAGAGCUUGACUUGGAACGCCACCGGACUGGUGUUUCGCGCGCACUGAGCAGGACUGAGACUCAGCGCACCCAGCAUGCGCUCACUGUUGGUGAGAGUCUCAGGUCGCGACAGUCGCUUACUCCACUUCCCGCUUUUGGCGCGGAUAAGCCGUAUCCACCACCUCUUCCUAAUCGUGAAGAAUAUGUGGUGGAAUUCGAUGGCCCUGAUGAUCCUCUGUAUCCUUUGAACUGGCCAGUGACGAGAAAGUCCUACAUCAGUGCUAUGCUCGCCUUUACCAGUAUCUGCUCCACAUUCGACUCUGCCAUUUUCAGUUCCUCCUCUAAAGCCGUUGCCAGCCAAUUCGAUGUCGGCCUGGUAACAGCCACUCUCUCCAGCUCCCUUUACAUCGCCGGUUAUGCCUCGGGGCCGUUGAUGUGGGCUCCUCUAUCCGAGUUGAAAGGCCGUCGCCUGCCUAUCAUUAUUGGUAUGCUUGGCUUCGGCAUCUUCAACACUGGGGUCGCAGUCGCAAAGGAUGUCCAAACCGUCAUGAUCUGUCGCUUUUUUGCCGGUAUAUUUGGCAGUAGCCCAUUGGCCGUUGUCGCAGCUGUUUUCUCGGAUAUCUGGAAUAACCGUCAGCGUGGUGUUGCUAUUGCCUUUUUCUCCAGUACCGUCUUCCUCGGACCCUUGGUUGCGAACUUUAUCGGAGGAUUCAUCAACAUGUCCUACCUUGGCUGGCGCUGGACCGCCUAUAUCCCCGCAUUCAUGGGGUACGCCGCGUUCGUCAUCAACCUCUUUUUCCUGCACGAAUCAUACCCACCUGUCGUUCUCGUUGCCAAGGCUUCAGAAUUGCGUCGCCGAACCAAGAACUGGGGAAUUCACGCCAAGCAAGAAGAAAUUGAAGUCGAUCUUCGAGAGCUGAUUGUGAACAACUUUUCUCGUCCCCUUCGACUGCUACUAGGCGAGCCGUUGAUUCUUGCUGUUACCAUCUACCUCAGUUUCAUCUACGGCUUGCUCUACUGUUUCUUGACAGCCUACACCCUUGUUUUCCAGGGUGUAUACGGCAUGAACCCUGGUGUUGCAGGUCUGCCCCUCUUCGGUAUGGUGGUGGGCUUGUUGAUCGCCGCCGCCUACGUUAUCUGGGCUAGCCAGGGGUACAACAGGAAAUUAGAUUCGAACGGGGGUGUCCCUAUCCCCGAAUGGCGUCUCCCGCCAGUAAUCAUCGGCGGAGCUCUCUUCGCCGCAGGACUUUUCUGGUUCGGCUGGACCGGUUUCAGCGGUACAAUCCAUUGGAUCGUCCCUACAUUGAGUGGUCUGUUCACUGGUUUUGGUCUCUUGAUCAUCUUCAUCCAGUUGUUCAACUAUCUGAUUGAUACAUAUCUCAUGUUUGCCGCUUCUGCCAUCGCAGCAAACACCUUCUGCCGUUCAAUGGUCGCAGCCGCCUUCCCCCUCUUCUCCCGCCAAAUGUUCGAAGGAAUGGGCAUCCAGUACGCAUCCACCCUCCUGGGCGCUGUCGCCGCCGUUCUCGUUCCAAUCCCUAUCGCCUUCCUUUUCUUCGGCAAAAAGCUGAGAAUGAAGAGCAAGUUCGCGCCGUUCUAUGAGGCUGUGCAGGAAUCACAUGCCGCUGAGGAUGAGGGCGAUGCUAUUGCUGAAGAAACUGUUCAGCGUUGA